AUGCAGGGGACAAUCCACUCUGAAGAAGAGCAGAUACAAAUUUCUGAAUGUGGUAAAAGCUCAGGUCAGACCAGGUCAGUUUUGGUUCAUGGAAGGACCUACACAGGAGAGAUGCCCUACAAGUGCAUCCAAUGUGGUAAAUCCUUUAGUAAAGCUGGCAACUUGGCAAAACACCAGAGGACUCACACAGGAGAGAAACCCUUUGAAUGUCCUGUGUGUGGGAAAAGUUUCAGUCAGAAUUCCUAUCUAGUGAAUCAUCAGCAGACUCAUACAGGAGAAAAACCCUUUGAAUGUCCUCUUUGUGGGAAAAGUUUCAGACAAAGUUGUGAUCUUGUGAAACACCAGAGGACUCACACAGGAGAGAAACCCUUUGAAUGUCCUGUGUGUGGGAAAAGUUUCAGUCAGAAUUCCUAUCUAGUGAAUCAUCAGCAGACUCAUACAGGAGAAAAACACUUUGAAUGUCCUCUUUGUGGGAAAAGUUUCAGACAAAGUUGUGACCUUGUGAAACACCAGAGGAUUCACACAGGAGAGAAACCCUUUCAAUGUCCUAUUUGUGGUAAAAGUUUCAGUCAGAAUUCUAACCUGGCUAAACACCAGAGGAAUCACACAGAAGAGAAACCCUAUGAAUGUCCUGUUUGUGGGAAAUGUUUCAGUCUGAAUUCUAACCUAGUGAAGCAUCAGAGGACUCACACAGGAGAGAAACCCUUUGAAUGUCCUGUUUGUGGGAAAAGUUUCAGUCUGAAUUCCUGCCUGGUGAUUCAUCAGAGGACUCACACAGGAGAGAAACCCUUUGAAUGUUCUGUUUGCGGGAAACGUUUCAGUGAGAAUUCUAACCUGACUAAACACCAGAGGACUCACACAGGAGAGAAACCCUUUGAAUGUUCUGUUUGUGGGAAACGUUUCAGUCAGAAUUCAAGCCUAGUGAAACACCAGAGGACUCACACAGGAGAGAAACCCUUUGAAUGUCCUGUUUGUGGGAAAAGUUUCAGUCAGAAUUCCUAUCUAGUGAAUCAUCAGCAGACUCAUACAGGAGAAAAACCCUUUGAAUGUCCUCUUUGUGGGAAAAGUUUCAGACAAAAUUAUGACCUUGUAAAACACCAGAGGAUUCACACAGGAGAAAAACCCUUUGAAUGUCCUGUUUGUAAGAAAAGUUUCAGUCAGAAUUCUAACCUGGCUAAGCACCGGAGGAAUCACACAGGAGAGAAACCCUUUGAAUGUUCUGCUUGCGGGAAAUGUUUCAGUCAGAAUUCUAACCUAGUGAAGCAUCAGAGGACUCACACAGGAGAGAAACCCUUUGAAUGUCCUGUUUGUGGGAAAAGUUUCAGUCUGAAUUCCUGCCUGGUGAAUCAUCAGAGGACUCACACAGGAGAGAAACCCUUUGAAUGUUUUGUUUGCGGGAAACAUUUCAGUGAGAAUUCUAACCUGACUAAACACCAGAGGACUCACACAGGAGAGAAACCCUUUGAAUGUCCUGUUUGUGGGAAACAUUUCAGUCAGAAUUCAAGCCUAGUGAAACACCAGAGGACUCACACAGGAGAGAAACCCUUUGAAUGUCUUGUUUGUGGGAAACAUUUCAGUCAGAAAUCCUGCCUGGUGAAUCAUCAGAGGACUCACACAGGAGAGAAACCCUUUGAAUGUCCUGAUUGUGGAAAACAUUUCAGUUACAAUUCCAACUUGGUAAGACAUAAUAGAAGUCACACAAGAAACAAACCCUUUGAAAGUGUAGAAUGUGGGGAAAGUUUCAAUAAAAAUUCUGACCUGGUGAAACACCAGAGGAUUUACACAGGAGAGUAA